AUGGACAAUCUUCCAGUGGGGGGUAUUAACGAUAAUCACAUGGCUGCGGAUCCCAAGGUGCUCCAAACUUACCCUUUAGACUACUACUACUCGAUAAUCGUGGAUCUACUCGAGCCGCCGACAUCUGAAGCCCGUCCCAACGGUGGCGAUGAAGCUCUAUCUCUGCGGCCUGUGAGAAAUUUCCAGGUCGGGUUUUUGCAUCUUUCGGAAGACACAUUCCAAUAUUUGGCUAAAAAGGGAGCAUUGGACCUGUUGCCCCACGGACUUCGAAAUCAAAUACUGAGGGCCUAUGUGAAAUAUGUCCACCCUCUUCUACCGAUAUUGAACAUGAAUCACUUUUUGAUCGAGAUGAUAAUUGAGGAUGACUCACACACGUCAAGUCCACUACUAUACCAGGCUGUCAUGCUCGCAGGUAGUGCUUUCAUUGAUGCCCAAGAUGCUAAAGAGGCCGGAAAUUCUUCACGCAAUGAGCUGAGACGAAUGCUUUUUGAACGAGCUAAACUUCUCUUUGAACUUGAAACCGAAACAGAUCCAUACAUCCAAAUCCAGGCGCUAUUGUUGAUGACGCAGUGGCAUGAAGGGAAUAUGAGCCAUAAAAAUCCACAAUAUUGGCUUAACACUGCAUGCUUGAUAGCAGAACGAAUUGGUCUGGAUGAAGGACUUGAGUCUGGCCAUUUGACCCUCAACAACCGAAUAUGGUGGAGUCUCUACGUGCAAGACCGUCUCCUUUCUCUUCAGUUUCGAUCGCGACUCCGAAUACCAGACAAUGCGUUCAGGAUCUCUCUAUUGAAAUUUGCAAACAUGGCAUACGAGCCAUGCCACCCUCUCGCCACUCUUAUUUUGGGGGACGAUGCCUCCGUCGUUCUCGUCAGUCAGGAUAUUCAGAAGCAGAUGACGAAGCUCUUUGUUGAAGAGAUUAACCUUGCUCAUCACAUCGGGGUCCUUUUAACAUAUCUAUAUGAUGGAAGCUGGGCUCCUUCGCCGUCUAGAGACUGCAAGCAUUCUCUUGCCGCAAAGGAGAGUUUAACAUCGACUAUGGUGUACGAAUGCGAACAGGCCCUGAAAGGUUGGAUUCAGGGUCUUCCCGGCGAUGUCGGCUACAAUCCUUCAUCGGGUCUACUUAACUCGGUCGUUUCCCUCACAGACAAAAGUUUUCUCACCCAUCGGGCUUACCUAUAUCUUCUCUAUCUCGGUGCGUUGUGCCUGCUCUACCAAGCAGGAGACUCAAAAAGCCAUCUUUCUUAUCCCGGCAAUUCAGAGAAGUUACGCCGGGUCAUAAGCCUCGCCAAGGCCACUUUUAACGACCUUCAUCAGACGGACUUGUUCCAGUUCUUACCGGGGGCCUCCGUUACGAUCCUGACAUUGUUCCUUGAGGCCAUUCUUCCCGAUCUCAACGAAACCAAUUCCACACUGAGGCUUGAAGCAAUGUGGAAUUUGUAUACGUGUGAAGAAGCCGCUUCUCAAUUGAUUGAAACACACCCUGUAGCCGAAAAACUCCUCCUUCGGUCUCAGAUUGUUCGUUCCGAGAUUCUAGGAUUAGUCGAAAGGUAA